UAGACUGCGUUGUCAGGGGUGACGUGUCCCGGUGACAGCCUGGCAGGAAGUGGAGCAGAUCUCACCCAGGCAAAGAGAUGCUGAAGAAGUUCGAUAAGAAGGACGAGGAGUCCGGUGGUGGCUCCAACCCUUUCCAACACCUCGAGAAAAGUGCAGUCCUGCAGGAGGCUCGUUUGUUUAACGAGACUCCCAUCAACCCAAGAAAAUGCGCUCACAUCUUAACCAAGAUACUUUAUUUGAUAAAUCAGGGGGAGCACAUGGGUGCCACAGAGGCAACAGAAGCUUUCUUUGCCAUGACCAAACUGUUCCAAUCAAAUGAUCCGACGCUUCGAAGAAUGUGCUACCUCACUAUAAAAGAGAUGGCCAGCAUUUCCGAGGACGUGAUCAUUGUCACUAGCAGUUUGACCAAAGACAUGACCGGGAAGGACGACAGUUACAGGGGGCCAGCUGUGAGAGCGCUGUGUAAAAUCACAGAUAGUACCAUGCUGCAGGCUAUUGAACGCUACAUGAAACAAGCCAUAGUGGACAAAAUUCCUAGUGUAUCCAGUUCUGCAUUGGUCUCCUCUCUGCACCUGCUGAAGACAAGCUUUGACGUUGUGAAGCGCUGGGUAAAUGAAGCCCAAGAAGCUGCUUCCAGUGAUAACAUCAUGGUUCAGUAUCACGCUCUGGGGCUCCUUUAUCACGUGCGCAAAAAUGACCGUCUGUCUGUCAACAAGAUGUUGAGCAAAUUCAUGCGCCAUGGUCUGAAGUCCCCCUUUGCCUACUGCAUGAUGAUUCGAGUGGCAAGCAAGCUAUUGGAAGAAGAAGAUGGAAACCGGGACAGCCCCCUCUUUGAUUUUAUUGAGAGCUGCCUGAGAAAUAAGCAUGAAAUGGUUGUAUACGAAGCAGCCUCUGCCAUAGUGAAUCUCCCUUCUUGCACCGCCAAAGAACUUGCGCCUGCAGUGGCUGUUUUGCAGCUGUUUUGUAGUUCCCCCAAAGCAGCUCUUCGAUAUGCUGCUGUUCGGACACUCAAUAAGGUGGCCAUGAAGCACCCAUCGGCUGUAACUGCUUGCAACUUGGAUUUGGAAAACCUGGUGACGGACUCCAACCGAAGCAUCGCCACCCUGGCAAUUACCACCCUGCUGAAAACCGGCAGCGAGAGCAGCAUUGACCGACUCAUGAAGCAGAUUUCCUCCUUCAUGUCUGAAAUCUCAGACGAGUUCAAGGUGGUUGUGGUGCAGGCGAUCAGUGCUCUUUGUCACAAGUAUCCCCGCAAACAUGCCGUCAUGAUGAAUUUCUUAUUCACAAUGCUAAGGGAAGAGGGCGGAUUCGACUACAAGCGAGCGAUCGUUGACUGCAUCAUCAGCAUUAUCGAGGAGAACCCUGAAAGCAAAGAGACCGGCUUGUCCCACCUGUGUGAGUUCAUAGAGGACUGCGAAUUCACCGUCCUGGCCACUCGUAUCCUGCACCUCCUGGGACAGGAAGGCCCGAGAACCAACAACCCUUCCAAGUACAUUCGCUUCAUUUACAAUCGCGUCAUACUGGAGAAUGAAGAAGUGCGAGCAGGUGCUGUCAGUGCUCUUGCCAAAUUUGGUGCCCAAAACGAAGACAUGUUACCUAGUGUCUUGGUGCUGCUGAGAAGAUGCGUCAUGGACGAUGAUAAUGAAGUAAGGGACAGAGCUACGUUUUAUCUGAGCAUUUUAGAGCACAAACAGAAAGCUCUCAACUCUACCUACAUCCUAAAUGGGCUGUCUGUGUCCAUCCCUGGACUGGAAAGGGCUUUACAGCAGUAUACCCUGGAACCAUCAGAGAAACCAUUCGACAUGAAGUCUGUUCCAUUGGCAACAGCCCCUCUGGCUGAACAGAGAAUAGAAAAUGCCCCUGUCACAGCUGUCCGGCAACCUGAGAAAGUGGUGUCCACAAGGCAAGAUAUAUUCCAAGAGCAACUUGCGGCUGUUCCAGAAUUUAAAGGCCUUGGCCCGUUGUUCAAGUCAUCUUCGGAACCUGUUGCGCUUACUGAAUCAGAAACGGAAUACGUUGUGCGCUGUACAAAGCACACGUUUGUAAAUCACAUGGUGUUCCAGUUUGAUUGCACCAACACACUGAACGAUCAGAUCCUGGAGAAUGUCACCGUGCAGAUGGAGCCUACAGAGGGCUAUGAAGUCAUCUCCUGCAUCCCAGCUAAAAGCCUUUCAUAUAAUCACCCUGGAACAUGCUACACCUUGGUGUCUGUACCUGAAGAGGACCCAUCGGCAUUUUCAUGUACUUUUAGCUGUCUGAUGAAAUUCACAGUAAAGGAUUGUGACCCAAAUACUGGAGAAGCAGAGGAGGAUGGUUAUGAAGAUGAGUAUGUGCUGGAAGACGUAGAGGUCACAGUCGCUGACCACAUACAGAAAGUUUUGAAGCCAAACUUUGGUGCCGCCUGGGAAGAAGUGGGAGAUGAGUUUGAAAAAGAAGAAACGUUCAAUUUAUCCACUAUUAAAACAUUAGAAGAGGCAAUCGGCAAUGUAGUCAAAUUCCUUGGAAUGCAGCCCUGUGAGCGAUCGGAUAAAGUUCCAGAAAACAAGAAUGCUCACACACUGUAUCUUGCAGGUGUGUUCCGGGGUGGGCACGACAUCUUGGUUCGGGCCAAAUUCGUCCUGACAGACACGGUGACCAUGCAAGUCACGGCACGCAGCAAAGAAGAAUUUCCAGUGGACGUCAUUUUGGCUGCCGUGGGUUAAGAAAAAAUAAUUCCGCGUUUACACUACAUAAUCUACGCACGCAAAGGGAUUUGCAGUUUAACAUUUUGCGUGCCAGAGGGAAUAGCAUUACUUUGCUUGUCUCUCUCAUACGCAAAAAAAAAAUUAAAAAACCCACAAAACAUUUAACCAGUGAUUGCCAUGCGCGUACGGAAACAUCCCGGCGUCGCGUGUGCAAAGCCCUGCCAUUAGUAACCUGACCAGAGCAGUCAUUUUUCUUUUCUUCCAAGCUGGCGUUAUGACGGAUGAACAGGAAGACCACAUCUUUGUUAAAUCAAAUGAUCCAAGGAGGGGUUCUUCUUUUAUAAUGUACAACUAUACAAAAAAUAUAUCUCUUCUUUUUCUCCAUUCUGUUUAAAUUAUUGACUCUGCUGAACGUCGAUUUCACAUUUAGUUUUCAAAAGCAACUGAAAUUAAAUUUCCCUGAAUUGUGAAAGUUCCGCGUAUGUCGUGCGAACGUAGAAAUACUAGAUGCAGCAUCUCAUCAACUUUUUAACACAGUUAGAUGCUGCAUCUCUUAUCUGAUCCCUUCUGCUCCAAAAGUGUGUGUAUCUUUUUUAUAUACUGUAUAACUCGCCAUUUUUAGCUGCCUCGGCUAGUAUUCAAAAAAGGAUACAAACAUUUCGAUGUGUAUAAAGAGAUUUUCAUGCUUCAUUGUAUAAGCGAUAGAUAAAUUGUUGGAUCUGUGGGGCUUACGAUUAUGUGACAUGGUUGUGAAGUGUCAAAAGUACCUGGACGGGUUAUCUGUAAUCUUUCUCUUGUAGUGAAACCUGCUACUCGUAUAUGAAAUUGCAGUCUGGUUCUUUCUAGCUUUUUUUUUUUUUGGGGGGGGGGUCUUAUCCUGUCUUUUUUCCCCGAACCUUGGUACAUGCAAAUCUUUUACACCAUCAGGAUAAUAAUCAAAAUUAAAAUAACAGAAUUUGUUGGCCAAGAUCAUGCUAAGGAAUAAAUGACAUCUGCAUCGAAGGAACCUGUAAAAAUACCUGCCUAUGUUCCCUAUAUGAUUUCUAUUUUUGCUUUCUUUGUAUGCAAAAUGUAAACAUUUGGCAUAAUAACGCUCAAUAAAAAAAAAGGGGGAAAAAAAUCAAAA